AUGACUACGCUACUUUCGACUUCAGAUGCCUUGAUUGCUGUCGCAGAUGCAAUUCUCCAGAAAAUAGAUGCUCUUUCCACCAUCGAAAUCUCGAAAAAGGGCCGGAAAUAUAAGUUUGUCAACAACAAUUUUCAACGCAUCCGAGAGGAAGACAAACACUUGAUUGUGCAUCCUGAAGACUUGUCACUCAAUCUCUCAACGGUGCUGGCGUACCGUAUCCUAGAUUCCAUCAGCAGCGACAUUUUUUCCGAGUUCCGAGACGUUUGCCUCACUAUAAUUGGUGUCGCCAGAGAUUUGGAAGUGAAUGGCUGGUACGAAGAAGAAAACUCGUCUGUGAUCAACCACAAGGUCCUGCGGCUCGAGUAUUCACCCGAAGAAAGAGAAAAGGCCCUCUCUUUUGUGCAAGGUGUCACAAAGACCCACUUGAUCCAAGGUUAUAACCUCUUGUACUGCGCAAAGUUGAACUUUCUUCACACAGACCACCACAUUGGAACAAAGCUCGAAGGACAUUACAUGAGAAAUUACGUACAAGAGUACUUUGGUGAAGAGGCAUUGGAACUGCCCACGGUACUUGUGGCACUCAAAAGUUUUGUGCAUUGGGCCAACAUCAAAGGUUUCUUGUACAAGUUGGAAGUGCCCAAUAUUGAUAUUUCAAAAGAAGAAGAAGACAGUUUCCGCCGCUUGCCCGACCCGUGCGAGGAGCUUUUGUGUAACGUUUACGAUCGCUACCCCAGUGGGAUGUCCAAAUACUCCUUACUCCGCAAAUCCUUUGACAUUAUAGCUGAUUCGCCCUUCUCUAAGCUUAUUCCAUAUCCCGAGGGCGACGUGUUUGAUCUCACGUGGCUAUAUGACUUGUGCCACGACAUUGAGGAAGAUCCGGCACGGUACCACUUGCGUUCUGUGGCCAAGAGACUUUCCAAGCAUCCAGUCAACUUGAACGAGUUGAACCAGGAGAAAAAUGCAAACGUGAAGCUGCUUUUAGCGGUUCUCAGUCUAAUACUCAAUACGGUUGGCGAAACGGGCGGUGAUUUCCUACUUCAGAACCUGAAAAUCCCAAAGUUUUCUCAAGAAUUGAUUGACGAGAUGCCCAAAUAUUACAAGCAGUUGGUGGACAUCAGCGACAAAAUCGAAGAGUACCGCUACAAAGGAUGGAGCCCCAGCGACAUUAUCUUACGGUUGCAAGAUAAGACACAGAAGUGUCUUUAUGACGAGGUGAUGAAGAUGCGUGACUUGCAUGCUGAGGAUUACGAAUCGGAAUGA